UAUAACCUCUUCGCUCAUUUAUUUUUAUUUAUAAUAGCGCUAGAAACACUAGAAGUUAAGUUAAAAUUUUAAGAUAAGUUGCAAUUUGGAUAUAAAAAUGAGUGUCCUAAUGUCUCGGUUAUUAUUGACCACAUGCCGAACCCUAAAUCCACAAAAUAUUAUUAUCAACAAUGUUCAGAGAUUUUCUGCGGCAAAAGUUCAAUUCAUAACAAAAGUGAAUGAUAUGGUUUUUCCGGCUCAGUAUUUUUCUGCAAGGAAUUACUGUGUCGACACCAUACAACCGACCCUAGCCUUGGACAACAAAGGUAUACCUCUGAAAAAGAAAACUAUCCACAAGAAAGCUGUUCUAGAGGAUCUACCCAAAAAGGAUGGACAUUAUCUAACUCUGGCUUAUGCGACGGCACAUUCCUACGAUUUAAAAGGCAUCAGACAAGCGCUAGUCCAACAAAAGCUGUACGAACCGGGAACAUCCAAAGCUGAGGAAGUGGGUGAUGUGGUGGUUGCUAAUGCGGUCUACAAGAUUGGGGACGAACCACGGGAGAUCCUGUUCUUCCAAGAAGGUUCAGUUGUCUUCUGGAACUGCACCGAGCUGGAGGCAAAAAAUGUUUUGGACUUUAUUAAACCGUUUGAAAUAGAGAGCUACCCGAGUGAGGUGGUGAAGAAGGAGAGUGAGGUGAUGACUUACUUCUAUCAGAAGAAUGCGAAGAACUGUCAUCUCAGUGAGGAAGCGAUUGUGUUGGUGCCUGAUCAAGACAAUUCUUUAGAAAAGUAUGCAUUCAGUCACGCGAUGGCGCAGUCGGCGCGGCUGGGGGCGUGGGAGGAGCGGCUGGAGGAGCUGGCGUCGUCCAUCAGCUCGCACAUGGCGCUCAUGGAGCGGGAGGGCGCCGUGCACGUCGACAAGAAAGAGCUCGUCCGCAAGCUGGGCCAGGUAUUCACGCUGCGGCACCGGCUGAACGUGGAGUCGGACUUGCUAGACACGCCCGACCGCUACUGGGAGCAGGAGCGCCUCGAGCGCCUGUACUCCCACACCGUCGCCUACUUCACCAUACCGCGCCGGACCAGGGUGUUGAACUCCCGCCUGUCCCACUGCGCGGAGCUGCUGGAGUUGCUGUGGUCGUGGGCGGCGGACAGGCAUCACGUGCGCCUCGAGCUCUGGGUCAUCGCGCUCAUCCUGGCCGAAGUCUGCUUCGAGCUGCUGCACGUCUUCGAGCGGUACUGGCCAGCAGCACCGGCAGUCGCACCGGCUGUAGUGACAGCAGUUGGGGAGCUGCAGUGACAGCGUGGAGCUACCAGAAGUGUGACACUAGUACAGGAUGACAUUGUGACUCAACUUGAUGAUGCUACCAGCUGUGACGUGGGUCACGAUAUGGUGACACAACUUGAUGAUGGAGCCACUAGCAGUGUAACACAAGAUGUCAUAGGGACUCAAGGACUUAGUGAUGAUGAUGCUACCAGCAGUGUGACUAUAGUGGAUGAUGGCUUAGUGACACAUGGUCUUGAUAAUAAUCUCAACAGCAUUGAUGGUGAUGAAAGUGAUGUUCUGAGUGAUGUAAAGAUACUAGGACUUGCUGGAGGUGCGGGUGGUAAGCUAGUUGAUGAAUGUCCAGAACUAUCGUCCUUUAUGAACUAUAUUGGGUUUUUUACGCAUUCACAAGACAAAACUGUUAUUUUACAUUAGGUUUCCAAAUGUAACGAAAAUAAGCAAUCGCUAGUCUUCCUGAAAUAAAACAGCACGCCGGAAAUUGCUUAUUAUACUUAUUUCUAUAUGCUUCAAAAAAGUGCAAAACGGUGUUAAAAUAUUCCUAUACCAAGAACGUAAAAUAAUUAGUGAUAAGUUGAUAACUGAUAAGUGAGAUUAUUUAACUAUCAUAAUUACUGGCAUUUCUUGAUCACAUUGUCUGUGACCUUUGGAGAGUUUAUCAGUCACUUUGUAAUGUACUGUGAAUUAGUAUAGUAAUAUCGACACUAUUAUUGGACUGACUUGGAAUGUUAAAGCACAAUUGUAUAUUUCUAAUUAUACUGUUACCGGUUUUUAUUGCAUUAUGUAAAUACUUGUCAUUUCUAUCUAGUUAUUACUCAUGUAUAGCCUUUACCCUGUAGGCUGUAACGCACAAAUUGCAGCGUAAAAGUUACACAUGACACAAAUAGCUGUACGUAACGUAAGAAUAAAUAUAUUUAUUUUAUAGCGCGA